GAAAGUUGCAAAGUCUUAUCUGUCAAAAACUAGAACGCAAGUUGCACAAGUGUUAUCUUUCUUUCAAACCAGAACGCGACAAACUAAAUUGGCCGGAAAAUGAGUGAUCCAAUUUUAUCCGAUGAAGACCUAGCCGCCGUUUGUCAUGAGCCGGACGAAUCAACAAAAGACUUUAUUAUGCAGCAGACCAUGUAUAGAAUAAAAGACCCAAAACGGUCUCUAGAAUUUUAUACAAAUGUCCUUGGAAUGAGGCUCUUGGACAAAUAUGAUUUUCCAGCAGGGAAGUUUUCCCUGUACUUCAUGGGAUAUGAAAAGGCAGAGGAUCGUCCAGCUGAUAAAAAGGAGAGAAAAAAGUGGCUCUUUACCCGUCCUGCCACCAUUGAACUUACACAUAACUGGGGAACAGAGAAUGAGGAUGGCGAGCCGUACCACAAUGGCAACAGUGACCCGAGAGGAUUUGGACACAUUGGCAUCAAUGUUCCCGAUGUAUACAAAGCUUGUGAAAGGUUUGAGAAGCUGGGAGUGAAAUUUAUCAAGACCCCUGAUGGAGGCAAGAUGAAGGGUUUGGCCUUCAUUCAGGACCCAGAUGGUUAUUGGAUUGAAAUUCUUAGUGCUAUUCAAAUGGCAAAGGACCUAUGAAUACACAAUGCAGACUGGGUAGCUAAGUUAAUCAAGUCAGAAAGUACAACAUAUGAUGGAGGUUUCAUAGGAGACAACAGUAUUGCAUUGAUGAUUGUCGCAUCUGUGUUGACUUUAGACCCUUAGUUUGGUCCUUCCUUUCUGUAUGUAUUGCUUUAUGAGGAAUGUUAUUGGUUUUGCUAGGCUCGUUCUUAGUUUUGAAUUCAGCAAGUUGUUUUUAGAAAGAAAACAACUAUUGUUUAAUUAUGUUAAUUAGAGUAAAGAUUUAUGUUUAGCUCGGCUGUUUUCGGAGAAAACCCAAGGUAUUGUCAUAGCCAGCUCGUCGUCUGCUGUAGGCGUCGUGCUUAAACCUUAAAAUUGGCUCUAGAAUCAAAGUGCUUCCACCUACAACUUUGAAACUUCAUAUGUAGAUGCACCUUGAGGAGUUCUACACGCCACACCCAUUUUUGGGUCACUAGGUCAAGGUCACUGUGACCUCUAAUAUAAAACUUUAACAUAGGCUCUUAACUCAAAGUGCUUCCAGCUACAACUUUGAAACUUCAUAUGUAGAUGCACCUUGACGAGUUCUACAUGCCACACCCAUUUUUAGGUCACUCACUGUGACCUCUAAAAAAAAUCAAAUCUGACAAGCUUUCGCAGCCGAGCGUGGCACCCGUUAUGCAGUGCUCUUGUUUAUACUAUUAUACAACUAUGUAUGCAAUAGAAAAUGUGUCUGUGGGAAAGGUUUUAACAUGUAUUCUAUAGAUAUAAAAAGAGAGAUGACAUUGGACAUAUAGGUGCUAGCUUUAGAAAAUAAAUGGUAAUUAAGCUUU